GAUUCCGACUACUCGUCCAGUGCCUAUUCCUACAAAGGCGCCCCCGCUGGGGCCGUACGAAAACGAAACACUCGACUUCGAGUCUCCGGCCUUUGCUGCGUUGCCCCUUAUCGUGAAAGACCCGCCUUUUCUGCGGGGCACCGCGCGGUGCGUGGCGUUCUUCAAUCAGCU